GAGCCCACCGCUAAGGUUGACUCCACCAGCAAACAAAUCUGGAAGAGGAAUAGAAUUUUACAGGUAGCAAAAGAAACACAGAGACAAACAGAGUCGGGUUUCCAUUCCUUCCUUUCUUCUUUGUCAGAUUUCCGCCAAAACGGGUUUAAGAUUCCAAACCCCUUUCGUUCUCAUCCACCACCACCUCCACUCACCCAUCCCCACCUUUUAAACUAUAAACCAAAAAGAAAAAGGCCAAAAUCCAAAUCCGCGUUUUCUUCGCUCUUUGGCUUUAUUAUAUAUACUCCGCCAGAUUGGUUUUGGGUUUCCAGAACAACAAGAUCAACAACCCAUCAAGCCUCCCUCUCUGCUAUUAUGGGAUCGUCCUCUGCUCAGCUCCGGCUCAUGUCCGAUCUCAAAACCAUCAUAAACGAGCCUCCGGAGGGUUGCAGCGCAAGUCCUACGUCCGAUGAUAACCUGUUCGUGUGGAGCGCGACCAUAUUUGGGCCCGAUGAGACCCCUUGGGAAGGUGGUGUUUUCAGUUUGCGGUUGACCUUCAGUGAGCGCUAUCCGGAAAAGCCGCCGCGUGUCCGGUUCACGUCCGAGAUAUUCCAUCCAAAUGUUUACCAUGAUGGUGCACUGUGCAUGGAUAUAAUUCAGGAUGCAUGGUCACCCUGCCACAACGUAUCGACAAUUUUAACAUCUGUUCAAUCACUUCUCACUGAUCCAAAUCCUUCAAGUCCUGCAAACCCUGAGGCUGCUCAAAUGUAUCAGCAUGACAUAAAAGCUUACAACAAGAGGGUACGCCGCUGUGCUCGUGAUUCCAUCGAGUCUUAGUAUCUGUUUGCAAUUUGCCUAUGAUAUUUUAUUAUUUUUUAACUUCUGGUUUAGGAGAAGGCUUUAGUUUGGCUUUAUGCCCAUCUGCAGCUAAGUGUAUCUCCCUCUUCUUCUGAAAUGUAAUCACAUAGACAAGUUAUGUCAAUAUUACACACAAAAACAUGAUUCGAUUUCA